CUCCUUCCACGCGCGCCUGCUGCCCGUGGGCAAGCGCUACCACUACAGCGUGCUCAACUCCCGCGUGCCGCACCUGCUGCCGCACCGCCGCGCCACCGUCCUCAGCUACACCCGGGGCCUGCUGGACCGGGGGCGCAUGGCGGAGGGCGCCAGGCUUCUGGGGCGGCGCAACUUUGGCGCGUUUGCAAACGCGUGCGAGGCGAAGGAGAAGGGUGCUGUGAGGGAGAUCACGCGGUUUGAGCUGG